AUGGCCAACGAAUAUGCUCAAGGUCAUAGUGGUGAAGCAAUUAAAGCCAUGGGUCUCAUGUAUGAAAUCACAGGGAAUAAAAGUAUACUCGAUCGAAUGGUGCAUUUUGUUGAUGUACUUUUGUCACAGCGCAAUGAUAUUCUGCCACCUCCAAAAGGUCAUCGCACGGCUUGGACGGGUACUAUUGCCCCUAUAUGGCCAGGCAAUACUGGUAGUCCAGCAACCGGAGGUGCUGAACAGGGCGAUUCUGUUGGACACCUCGCGUACUGUGCUCGACUCAUUCUUACGAAAAAGGAUUUGUGGAACAUGAGAGUUAUCGACGGAGAUCCGUUUCAUCAUGGUAAUACUUAUCUGGAACGUGCGAAAACAUAUCUUGCCCAAGCGGACGUGACAAUAUCACAAUUUCUCUUUGCUCAUCUUCUUCAUCUCAAAGACAAUAAGCAUUACUUCUUUGCAAAAGCAUCGCCAUAUAAGAGUGGAGAAAAUCUACCCUGGAAUCAACAGAUGAUGAUCUCGUAUGGCCUACAAAAUGCUGCUGUCGCUCAUGAAAUUCUUAGUGCUAAUGCAACUCUUGUCAAGGAAUAUGAUGAUAUUGUCCAAGCUAAUCUCCAGUGCCAACAAGGUGGUGAAGAUUCUAAUCAUGGAAGCCUUGAUGUUGCCGGUUUCUGUCGAGCAUAUGCUCUCAACCGUUAUAAUAUCACUCAGACAACGAUGAUACCGUUUGCCAAUAUGCUUGUCGAAGUGAUGACGCUUCCAAAUUCACAGUACGCUGGUCGAGUCGAUGGAACGAGUGGACAAGGCCAUGCUGCAAGUACGAACAAUAUUCGUAGUGGAUAUUUAUGUUUAGCGUAUUUCGCUCCUAAUUACUAUACGAAGAUUAUGAGUGCUGAUCUUAUUGAGGGGGGCACAACACGUAGUCCUGAUGUAUUUUCGCGCUUCGAAUGGGUUAAGAGCAAAUUAUCUACACCAAGCUGA